CCCCGUUUGAGGUUAUGUGCCGCAUAUAGAGGGCGUUACAGAGCGCACAGGGGUUGGUCGUCGUUUCGCGCGCUGCUCUCCCGCGCUUCCAGAUCCACGUCCUCGAUUUUCCGCGGAUUGUCGCCGAUUCGCGGCCCGCGCGCGCCGCAAAGUCGCCCGCGGGGCGGAGGGAUGAAUUUUCCGACCAGCGAAAUUCAACGCCCGACGAAAAUCGUGAGUCGACACGUCGAAUCGAAGGCGGCCGAGGGAACGUGCAUGAUGGCGAUCGGGCGCGCUUAGGCUUCGCGCGCUCCUCCGCUUCUCCUGCCUUUCCCGGGGAAAUCCGCGCGGCCGGAUCGUCAAAAUCGUGCGGGUCCUCGCUCCAAGGGUCCCCGUCGUCGCGCGUACUCGCGGAAAAUUUAUUCCGACCGCGAAUAUUUCCCGUACGCGUUGGCAAUCCCGCGACAAGAUGCCGCAGAACAGUUUACAGGAGAAGAAGUCGCAGACUUACCUGCAAGGGGGCAAGGCGCAGUCCUUGAAGCGUAAGAGACGCACGACGGAACUUUCGGAGGAUUCGGAAAACAUAUAUCCACCUAGCAAAGUACCCGCGCUGUCUCACGUCUCUUACACGGAAUCUUGUCACACCGCGCACUCUGUGGACGCCGCGUGUACUCCCCAGCAUCAGACGUCCCCGUUGAAGGAGCAGCAGGAACCGGCUACGUGGUCAGAAUUAAGAACCGCGACUUGUUUCUUAACCCCUUCAGCCUCCAAUAGCACGUCCGUUAGACCUAGUCCAUUGCCGUCUCUGCCAUGGGCCGAUGGCUCCCAAGUGUGGUCCGUCAUGUGCCUCGGGGAUCAGAAGACUCUGAUUCAAAGGGAUCCAGAAAUGUUUCAAAGACAUCCCACGUUGCAGCCACGGAUGAGAGCAAUCUUGUUAGAUUGGCUGAUCGAGGUCUGCGAGGUGUACAAAUUGCAUAGGGAAACUUACUACCUUGCCAUGGAUUACAUAGACAGAUAUCUGUCCAUUCAUCAUGACGUACCUAAGAAUCAGUUGCAACUGAUAGGGAUAACUUGUCUUUUUAUCGCUUCGAAGGUCGAAGAGAUAUAUCCGCCGAAAAUUGCCGAGUUUGCAUACGUCACCGAUGGGGCCUGUACGGAAGAAGAAAUUUUGGGGAAGGAGCUGAUGAUCUUGAAAGGUCUCGGGUGGAAUCUGUCCCCGAUAACCGCUCCAGGGUGGCUCAAUAUCUACAUGCAGAUCGAGUCGGGCGAUUCGUCCAAACCAAACACUUUCAUAUAUCCACAGUACGGCGGAUUACAAUAUUCUCAAGCGGCUCAACUACUAGAUCUGGCGACUUUGGACGAGGGUUGUUUAAAGUUCCCGUACAGUCAUAUAGCUGCGGCAGCGAUUUACCACACCCAAGGUAGAGAAUGCGCGUUAAGGGUGUCCCGAUUGUCGUGGGAACAGCUCGCGCCCUGCGUCAAGUGGCUCACAGCGUUCGCAACAACCGUCGCGGAAGAGGACUCCCAGUCUCUUUUACGAUCCACGAUUACGCCUGUAGAAUCGCACUCGGGAUCCGGACUGAAGGCCACUGUACCUAAUAUCGUCGUGGACGAGUCGCAUCGCAUACAGACUCACGUGGUCGAUUUGAAUAUGUUGGAAAAGGCGCAGCAACGGCUGGCCGGAGAAAUCCCGAGCGGCUAUGUCAACGAUUGCGACGCGAAUGUUGAGUCCGGUAGGCAAAGCCCAAACGAGAGUGGCCUUUUAACUCCGCCGUCUAGCAAUCAAAAGAACUCUCCACUUUCAACAUGCCCUACACCGCAGUUACACCCCUAUACAUAACUAAAAAUUUGCGAGCACUUUGUACACGGUAAAUACUUGGUAUAUAGUAAAUAUGGUAAAUUGUUACAUUUACUGUAUAGCCGUGAAUUACAGCACAACAAUUCACACAGCACACGUAGAAGAAAUAUUUCGAAGGGGGGAGGACACACACGCAGACAUCAGUGCUGAUGACAUUGAACGUUGUGACACGUUAUUGUAAAUAAUACAAUGCUUAUUAACCUCAUCCUUCGUACCGAACGAUUGUACUUGCAUUGUAAUAACAAUAGGACUCGGUACAAGAUAUCAAGCGUUUUUCCAAUAAUAAUAGCACAACGAAUUCAGCAUCACUUAUUUUAUUAGAGACACUCGGAGAAAGUGCCUUUGCAUGGUUCACAAAUGCCUGUUCAGAAAGUUGAUGAUUUCAAGUGGCAAUCACACAUAACUGCUUUCUGUGAUGAUAAAAUACAAUGAAGUGCAGUGAAGUUUCACACCUGUCGCGCAUUUACGGAUUAGGCUCAACUUAAUUUUACUAUUUUAUAAACUUUGCAAACGUAAGAGAAACACUUAGUGCACGCAAGUGUCCUUAAAUAAUUAUUUCUAUCUGGUUUUUUGAAAGAGAGCAUUGUGAAUAGUAUUCUUUUAUAGAACUCGCUUUAUUGUAAUACGUUGUAUUGCAGCAGUGCGUUACCUGGCUGGAUGAAUGCAUUUUUAUUAUGUAUAUUAAGAAAUUCUACCGGAAACAAAAUCUAUAUCCUUAAAUUGAGAGCGAAUGGUGAGGGAUGAAUGAAAGGAUUGAGUAUGACGGUUAAUUAGAAUAUAAAACAAAGACUAAUAAUCUUUAAAUUAGCAUUAAAAUUUUGUGGUGAAUUUGCGCUGCCUGGCAUAUAGUAACGUGGCGGUUUAUAUGUAUUUGUAUGAUGAGUUUGACAAUAAAUAUUUUGCAAACU